UAAAAACGAAUCAGAGAAAAGAAGCAAAAUCAGAAACCGAAGCAAUUUUCGCGUUCCUCUUCUCUGGAGGAGAGAGAGAGAGAGAGUCUGAAAAGGCAAAGAGAAAUAGAAGAAAGCCAGUGACCUUUUUGUAUCGGCAAAGAAUUGCUUAUUGUGGUUGGUAGAUUUCGAAAUCUGAAGCUUUAUUUUUUGAUCGAAGCUUUUGGAUUGGUGAUGCAAAUGACAACCAUCGUCUCCUUGUUUUGACUUCAUUCGUCGCCGGAGCUCCGAUCACCUGAUUCCGCCGCCGUCAAAGUGUCAUCAGAUGGGAGGUCGCUGCUCUAAGUUCUCUUUCUGCUUGUUUCACUCUCACUUCAAAGCCGCUUCAGUCCUCGAGUCCUCCGAUAUCGAAAAUGGUGGGAAAAUUGAGAAGAAAUCGUGGCCGAGUUUCAAGGAAUUCCGUCUGGAGCAGCUGAAAUCGUCGACCGGCGGUUUCUCGCCCGACAACAUUGUGUCGGAGCACGGCGAGAAAGCGCCCAACGUCGUUUACAGAGGGAGGCUCGAGGACGGCCGCUUGAUCGCCGUUAAGCGGUUCAACCGCCAUGCCUGGCCUGAUCAUCGUCAGUUCCUGGAGGAAGCGAGAGCCGUUGGAAAUCUCAGGAGCGAGCGAUUGGCGAAUCUGAUCGGAUGUUGCUGCGAAGGCGAGGAAAGAUUGCUCGUUGCCGAGUUUAUGCCUCACGAAACACUCGCAAAGCAUCUCUUCCAUUGGGAAAGCCAGCCGAUGAAAUGGGCAAUGAGAUUAAGAGUUGCAUUAUAUUUAGCUCAUGCAUUGGAAUACUGUAGUAGCAAAGGGAGAGCUUUGUAUCAUGAUCUCAAUGCUUACAGGGUUUUGUUUGACAAGGACGGUAAUCCGAGGUUGUCUUGCUUCGGACUCAUGAAAAACAGCAGAGAUGGAAAGAGUUACAGUACCAACUUGGCAUUUACUCCUCCAGAGUACUUGAGAACCGGUAGAGUGACCCCAGAGAGUGUUGUAUUCAGCUUUGGAACCGUUCUGCUAGAUCUAAUGAGCGGCAAACAUAUUCCACCCAGCCAUGCACUUGACCUGAUCCGUGGGAAGAAUUUCGCGAUGUUGAUGGAUUCUGCUCUGGAGGGCCAUUUCUCAAACGAGGAUGGAACCGAUCUAGUGCGGUUAGCCACCCGUUGUCUGCAGUACGAAGCUCGUGAGAGGCCAAAUGUGAAAUCUCUGGUCACUUCACUCGCCUCACUUCAGAAGGAAGCCGAUGUACCAUCAUAUGUUCUGAUGGGUAUACCCCAUGAAACCGAGACCAUGGAAGAACAGCCACUUUCAUUGACACCCUUUGGUGAUGCGUGCUUGAGAGCAGAUCUUACAGCCAUACAUGAGAUACUCGAGAAGGUUGGGUACAAGGAUGAUGAAGGGAUCGCCAAUGAGCUCUCGUUUCAAAUGUGGACUAACCAGAUGCAGGAUACCCUGAACUCAAAGAAGCAGGGCGAUGUAGCUUUCCGUUGCAAAGAUUUUACAACCGCCAUCGAUUGCUACACUCAGUUCAUAGAAGGAGGGACGAUGGUGUCGCCGACGGUAUAUGCGAGGAGAUGCGUAUCGUAUCUGAUGAACGAAAACGGGCAAGAGGCACUGAACGACGCGAUGCAAGCGCAGGUGAUAUCCCCUGAUUGGGUCACUGCUUUCUACCUUCAAUCUGUCUGUCUCUUCAAGCUUGGCAUGGAGUCUGAUGCUCUUCAAGCUCUUAGGGACGCCUCUAGCUUGGAAUCCAAGAAGAAGAAGAUCAUUCAUUGAACCCAAACAAACAACAGAAAAAUGCUUCAAUCUUUGUAUGUAUAGGUUUUAUUAUAUAUACAUUUUAUAUGUAUGCGUGUGUGUAUCUAUCUAUGUAUGUGUAUACGUUUUGAUGGGUUUCUCUCUUUA